AGUAAUACAGAGGGUGUUCCCUGUCGGACAUACGGACAGACAUGGCGAAAACCUAUGAUUAUCUUUUCAAGCUUCUAUUGAUUGGUGAUUCGGGGGUCGGGAAAACUUGUGUUCUUUUCAGAUUCUCAGAGGAUGCAUUCAACUCCACAUUCAUUUCCACUAUAGGAAUAGAUUUUAAGAUCAGAACAAUAGAACUGGACGGGAAAAAGAUCAAGUUACAGAUAUGGGACACAGCAGGCCAGGAGAGGUUUCGUACAAUCACCACAGCUUACUACAGAGGGGCCAUGGGCAUUAUGUUGGUAUAUGAUAUCACAAAUCAAAAGUCUUUUGAGAACAUAAGGAAUUGGAUCAGGAACAUUGAGGAGGUGAGUUUUGUGCCAUAUGCAGUGAUAAGAGAUUGACUCUUGACAUUGAUAUGAUGGGACAAUAUUGAUACAGUGCCAGAAUAGAUAACCUAGACCCUCCAGUGAAAAUAUAUCUCCUAUUACCUUAUAACUGUCCCCAGAUAAGGUUGCAUGGUAUUGAUUUGUACCCCAUUUAAUAUAAAUGUGUAUUUACAUAAAUAGCUAAUAUAAUUGUAUCUUUGAUAAAAUUGAGUUUUUUAGCUUGUUUUAACUAACCACAGGUGUGAUUGGUUAGUCUGGAUACAGGGCAUCAGCACUGUCAUAGGGCACAUAAAUAAGAGUCUUUGAUCUUAAACUUACUUAACUGUGAUAAAUGUGUGGUUGUUUGUAUAUCUAAGUCUGACACAUAAAUACUGGCUC